AUGCGUACAAAGCUGAAUGUCUUUCCUGUUGGCCCCAAAAGUGACAAAUGUGCUCGAGUGAAAGAGACUGUGAGUAACAAACAGUUCAAGAGUAAAGAGUACACUGACAAAAGACGUGGUGCCAAGUACCACACUUUCAAACCAGGAGACCAGGCACAACCGUGCAGUUGCAGACUGCUUAGCUUGACUCACUCUCUUACUUUAGGAAAUCUGAGGAUUGUGCUGCUGGGUAAAACUGGAUCAGGAAAGAGUGCAACAGGAAACACAAUCCUGGGCAGAAAUGCAUUUAUUGAGGAAUUCAAUCCAGAAUCAGUUACUCGGGCUUGUGAGGCAAAAAACACAAUAAAAGGUUCAAGGACUGUCACCGUAAUUGACACUCCAGGGCUGUUUGACACAUGGAUGGGUGAAAAAAAGGACAUGACUGAAGAAAAACUGAAGGCUAAAAUAGAGAAGUGUCUGGAGAUGUCUGCUCCUGGUCCUCAUGUGUUCCUGCUGGUCAUCAGACUGGAUCAGAGGUACACAGAUGAAGAGAAGAACACAGUCAAAUGGGUUCAGCGGAACUUUGGAGAAGAAGCGUCACGCUACGUCUUCACUCUCUUUACUCAUGCUGAUUAUUUGAAGAAUAAAACACUGAAGGAUCAUAUAGAAGAGAAUGAAGAUCUGCGACAGUUUGUUAUCAGCUGUGCUGGCAAAUAUUAUUCAUUAGAAAAUGAAAACAGAGAGAAUCAGUCUCAGGUCGUAGAACUACUGGAGAAGAUAGAUAAAAUGGUGGAGAGAAAUGCAGGAAAGUACUACACUCGUUCAGUGUAUACACAUGUCCAGAGAAAAUUAAACCUUGAAAAACGAACCAAUUUCUUAUACAAUCAUAACUUUGAUGUGCCCUGGGAACAGGCGUCUCAAAGGCCCCCUGACAGCUCCUUUCUUCGACAACAGUGA